CGGGGGUCGGCAACCUGCGGCUCCCGAGCCAUUUGUGGCUCUUUCACCUCUGUGCUGCGGCUCCCUGUGGCUUUGGGAAAUAAUUGGUCAGUAUUUAAUUAAAAUGUAUUUUAUGUUAGUUUGUUAGCUUUUGAAAUGUAAUUAUGGUGAUCUUGUACAACCUAAGUGUAGCGACACAUUUCCUGCCACAUCCGAAACGGCUCACAAUUAGCCAGCAUUCCGGCUAAGGGAGAUAGCCUACGGGGGUUUGUGAGUACGCGUCUUUUGCAGCAUCUGCGUCCAUGGGGGCUGGGUUGAGGGAGGCUUAAAAGCAAGGCUGUUUAGUUCGAAUAAAGCUAUCUUUGACUGCAGUUUACUGACACCGCUACAACGUGUUUUUAUCGCUGGCUGUCCAGACGGAAGGUGCUGAAACGCUUUGUCGCGUGUCUGGAAGAAGUGAAAACUUUCCUGGGCAGCAAAGGGCUCACCUUUCCUGAGCUGGAACAGCCAGAGUGGCUGGAAAAGCUACACUUCAUGGUAGACAUGACAGCGCACCUGAACAUGCUGAACACAGCUCUUCAGGGGAAAGGACGUACAGCCCUGCACAUGUCGGAGGAUGUCUUGGCAUUCGAGCGCAAGUUGACAGUGCUUGCCAGAGAUUUACAGAAAGGCACUUUGUCUCACUUCCCCAAUUUGAGAGAGUUCAAACAAGGUCACGACAUGAUAAUUUCGGAGUAUUUACAUUCUGCAAUCAUCGCAAUGCAAACAUCGUUUGGGAAACGCUUCUGUGAGUUCAGAGAGGAAAAAAACACAUUAUCCUUCCCGGUCACUCCCCUAAGCAUCGAUCCAUCCCUACUGAAUACGACUGCAUUGUCAGGUGUGAGUCAACCUGAUCUUGAGAUGGAACUGGCCGACAUAGCCGACAAAGACAUAUGGGUGUCCAAGUUUAGACGCUUGACAGCAGACCUUGAAGAUGUUGCCCGUCAGAAGGCCGUUCUUGCUCAGAAACACAAAUGGAGUGAUAUUGAAAACCUCACAGAUGACAGCUUGCGAUCCUGUGUAAAGAUGAAGGUGACAUCAUACAGCCCUGAUGUGCAGACGCUGUGCGCUGAGGUCCAGGAGCAGAAAUCCCAUUAACCAAGAUGACAGCUGGCUGACGUUAUUUUUGGUUUGCUGCUGGCGGAAAAUUUAAGUUCGGCGUUUUUCAUAAAUACAAGAAGGACUCAAAUAGACAUUGAAUAUUUUACUUAAAAGUAACUUUCAACCCAACGUCUUUUUUUCGGAGUUCAAAAUGUUUUUGUUGCAUGCAGAAAUGUAAUUUCGUUUUCUCUGCAGGAGUUCAUCAAUUUCAUAAAUGCAACACAUUAUAGUUUGUUUAUACAUAGCAUAAAGGCAAAAAAAACGUUGUAUGCAGUGUUAUUUCAUUUUAAAUGUCAAACGGGU